AUGUUACCAGAUGCAACAGUAGAAUUUCACACAUUUACCGAUGCUUCUGAGGCCGCCUACGGAGCAUGUGUCUACGCUCGUUGUGAAAACGCGGCGGGAGAAGUCCGCAUCAGCCUAUUAGCUUCGAAGUCUCGAGUGGCACCACUGAAGCGCGUCACGUUGCCGAGGCUUGAACUAAGCGCAGCUGUCCUGGGCGCCCAUCUGCAUCAUCGCGUCAAGGAGGCAAUGCAGAUCGUGUGCGCCGAAUCGUUUUUCUGGUCCGACUCAACAGUUACGCUAAAAUGGAUUGCGUCACCUCCCAACUCCUGGAAGACGUUCGUGGCAAAUCGCGUAGCUGAGGUGCAACACUACUCUCAUCCAAGGCAAUGGAGGCACGUUCCUGGCACAUCCAAUCCUGCUGACUUGGUUUCCCGAGGCAUGUCGGCAGCACACUUCACGCAGAAUCAGCUUUGGAAUAACGGUCCAGAUUGGCUUGUGCAACCUUCGUCCCAUUGGCCCAGCUCAGAUCCAGAACCAAGCGAUGAGGCGGACCUAGAAACACGCCAGGUGAGUGCCGCUUUAGUUUGUACACAAACUCAUCCAUGGUUUGGCAUUUCUGCAUCCUUCACUAGAAUGGUACGCAUCAUUGCAUACUGCAUACGGUUUGUGCGCAACACCAAGCAGAAGGCGCGAUCACAGCGACCGAUACCGCACACCAAUGCAUCCAAAACGAUCACGCCCAAGUACGUGGAUGCUGCAAAAACUGUGCUUUGCAGACUAGCCCAGCAAGAUGCAUUUUCCGCGGAAAUCAAGCAGCUAAAAAAGGGAGAAGCAUUGAUGAAACAAUCACCUUUACGAAAACUUACCUCAUUCCUGGAUACAGAAGAGGUAAUACGGGUGGGAGGACGAUUGAACUUGUCGCAACUACCGUAUCAGUCCAAGCAUCCAGCUGUUCUACCGACGAACCACAAAUUCACUCGUCUACUUGCGGAAGAUUAUCAUGAAGAGAUGAAACAUGCUAGUGGAAGGCUAUUGCUAUCCCGCAUUAGAGAGCUGUAUUGGCCACUGGACGGACGUCGCUUGGUAAAAAGCAUCGCAAGGAACUGCUUCCGCUGUAUUCGGCAAGAUCCCAUACUCGCCCGGCAGCCGGUUGGCCAGCUUCCACCAUCCCGCAUCACACCGAGCCGACCUUUUUCUGUAACCGGAGUGGAUUACGCCGGUCCAUUCUACUUGAAGCCAGCGCACCGGAAGGCAGCAGCUAUUAAGAGCUAUCUGUGCGUUUUCGUGUGUUUCGCUACGAAAGCUGUGCACUUGGAACUCGUAGGAGACCUCACAACGGCGGGAUUCUUAGCAGCGCUACGCCGAUUCACAUCACGACGCGGAUUGCCAGCCCACAUCCAUUCUGAUAAUGGGAAAAACUUCGAAGGCGCAGAACGUGAACUGAAGGAGUUUUUUGAGCUGUUCAACGACGAACAACACCGCAACACCGUGGCUACCAGAUGCGCUGACCGGGGAAUCACUUGGCAUUUCAACCCACCAAAGGCUCCACACUUCGGCGGAUUAUGGGAAGCAGCAGUAAAAACGGCGAAGCGACACCUCUAUCGUCACCUGGGCAAUACGCGGCUGUCGUACGAAGGCUACUGCACUGUGCUCCACCAAAUCGAAGCAGCGAUGAAUUCCCGUCCGCUGUUGCCUUUGUCCGACGAUCCCAACGAGCUAGCUGCACUCACACCGGCACACUUCCUUAUUGGUACAUCGAUGUUCGCCGUGCCUGAACCGGACUACACCCAGCUGAAAUCCUGCACGCUGGAUGAUCUUCAGAAGUGGCAGCUUUUGGUUCAGCGUUUUUGGAAGCAUUGGGCCACUGAGUAUCUACAAGAAAUGCAAAAAAGUUAUGCAAGUGGUGGCAGCAACAACAGCAACAUACUUCCCGGCAGGUUAGUGAUCCUCAUGGACGAAUCGUUACCCACCACCCGUUGGCCUCUCGCGCGUAUCGUUGAAAUCCAUCCCGGUGAAGACGAGAUAGUACGCGUCGUUACGCUUAAGACAGUUAAGGGAAUAAUUACGCGACCGAUCACGAAAAUAUGCGUUUUACCGCUCAGAACUGAUAGCGAAAACCACGUGUAG